UACAGUUAGAUCUCUCUCACAACCAAAUAAAUUCGUUAGAUCUCUCUCACAACCAAAUAAAUGUAUCUUCAGAAUUUCCUUAUUAUCUAUCUUUAGAGUUAGAUCUCUCUCACAACCAAAUAAAUUCGUUAGAUCUCUCUCACAACCAAAUAAAUGUAUCUUCAGAAUUUCCUUAUUAUCUAUCUUUACAGUUAGAUCUCUCUCACAACCAAAUAAAUUCGUUAGAUCUCUCUCACAACCAAAUAAAUGAAUCUUCGGAAUUUCCUUAUUAUCUAUCUUUAGAGUUAGAUCUCUCUCACAACCAAAUAAAUUCGUUAGCUCUCUCUCACAACCAAAUAAAUUCGUUAGAUCUCUCUCCCAACCAAAAAAAUGAAUCUUCAGAAUUUCUUUAUUAUCUAUCUUUAGAUCUCUCUUUAGAUCUCUCUCACAACCAAAUAACUUUGUUAGAUCUCUCUUGCAACUUUGGAUUUUUGUCGGAAGUUCCUUAUUCUGUAUCUUUAGAUCUUUCUCACAACCAAAUAAAUUCAUUAGAUCUCUCUUGCAACCAAAUAAAUAGAUCUUUGCUAAAAUUUCCUUUUUAUCUGUUAGAUCUCUCUCACAACUUAAUUUCAGGACCAAUUCCGCAAUAUAUUGGCCUAGCAAUGCCUCAGUUGAGUACCUUGAAUCUGAAUGACAAUCUCUUAAGUGGUCCAAUACCCACCUCAAUAUGCGAGAUGGAACAUUUGUAUGACUUGCACCUUGGGAGGAAUGAAUUAGUUGGCGAAAUUCCUACAUGUUGGAAGGAGAGCCUCGAGAUACUCCUUGAUAUAUCAUCUAAUAAGCUGUCUGGAGUUAUACCGAGUUCUUUAGGAAAUCUGAUUGGGCUUACGUCAUUACACUUGAACAACAACAGGCUCCAAGGAGGAAUUCCUGUGACUAUAAAGUAUUGCAGUAACUUGCAGAUUUUGGAUCUUGGCGAGAACAAAAUCUCUAGUAGUGUUCCACAUUGGAUUGGACCCUGUUUUCCGUUACUACAGAUUCUUAGACUGCGAGAAAACAUGUUCAAUGGAAGCAUUCCUUCACAACUAUGCUUACUCUCUGCAUUGCAAAUAUUGGACAUGGCAGUCAACAAUCUAACAGGAACGAUUCCAAAUUGUCUUGGCCAUAUGAAAGGUAUGAAACUGAACAAAAGCAUAGAUGAAGGCAACUCACUCUCUCCUGCUUAUGCAGCUACACCUCCCAUGCUUGGGCCAACAGCGUCCAUUGCUCCAACGGAUUGGACUCAAGAGCAUGUGGAGCAGGUUGUAAAGGGGAUGGAUCUUGACUACACGACACUUGAUCUACAGCUUAUGGUGAAUUUAGAUCUCUCGAGCAACAAAUUGGUUGGGCCGAUUCCAGGAGAGCAUACCUUGCUCUCCGGAUUGCGAGGCUUGAACUUAUCGCACAACUUUCUUUCUGGAGGCAUCCCGACUAUGAUUGGAGACAUGAGAUUGCUCGAGUCACUUGAUCUUUCGAAUAAUCACCUUUCAGGAACAAUCCCUCAAAGCUUUUCUGCAUUUAUAUCACUGAGCAAACUAAACUUGUCACACAACAACUUCAUCGGGCCAAUUCCGAAAGGAAAUCAAAUCCAGACACUUGAUGAUCCUUCCAUUUAUGCCGACAAUCCUCAACUUUGUGGUGAUCCUCUACAAAAGAAAUGCCUCGAAGCAAAGGCCCCUCAAGCACCGGAAGAAGUUGCCAAUGAAGAAGGUAAGCUUGAAAAGGUAAUGUUCUACAUAGUAAUAAUGCUCGGGUUUGCGACUGGGUUUUAGGGAGUUGUUGGCAGUUUGGUGUACAAUAAGAAUUGGAGACGGGUGUACUUCAACUUUGUGGAUCGUAAAGCAGACAUGGUGUACGUAAUUGUUGCAGUGAAGGUGGCCGAGUUGAGGAGGAGAUUGAGAAGAGUGUAACGGGCCUAUUAUCCACAUCAAUUAGUCCAAUGCUUUAUUGAUCUCGUGAAGUUCUUGUUUUCUUGUUCAAGCAUAAUCGUCUUUGUAGUUGGUUUGUUUCUCCUUAUCAGUAGUAACCGAUAUUUUUUUUCUUUAAUUUCAACCUUGUUCCAACAAGCCGUCAAUGGAACGGCUUGGAAAGUGCAAAUCAUGUCACUUUGUAAUUUGAUGUUGCUCAGCAAUCUAGCAGUACUCCGUGUUAUUAUACUUUAA